UCCCCUCUCGGUCCGCUACAAUCCCAGGCCCCAGACACGUGAUAGCGUGGCGCUCUAGCCCCGCCCUUCCCCGGCACGUGACCCUGCCGCACGUGUCUCGGUCGGACUGUGCAGCACUUUGUUCCCGGACAGGUAGUGGGGCGCACGGGGAUCGGAGCGGGGCCUGAUUGGCCGGGAGCCGCGCGGCUGCCCCCAGGAUCCUGUGGCUCGUGGCUCAGCGGUGUCGGCUCCUCAGCGCAGGGCCCACCUGGUGGCAAGAGAUGCCCAAACGGGGGAAGAAGGCAGAGGAUGUGGACAGCGCGGACGAGCUCGAGGCCACAGAGCCCGAGGUAAAGAAGAGCAAGAAGGGGGCAGCCAAGGGCCUCAAGGAGAAGGUGGCAGAGGGCCCCAUCCUGUACCAGGAUCCGCCCAACAAGCUCACCUCCCCCAGUGGGCAGAAGUACACCCUGAAGGUCACAUCGUGGAACGUGGACGGGCUCCGGGCCUGGGUCAAGAAGAAGGGGCUGGAGUGGGUGCGUGAGGAGGACCCUGACGUGCUGUGCCUGCAGGAGACCAAGUGUGCAGAGAAGCUGCUGCCCCCCGAGAUGCGGGAGAUGCCUGAGUACCCCCACAAGUACUGGGCCUGCGCCGGUGCCAAGGAGGGCUACAGCGGGGUGGCGCUGCUCUGCAAGACUGAGCCGCUCAGCAUCACCUAUGGCAUCGGUGAGGAGGAGCACGACCAGGAGGGCCGGGUGAUAACGGCUGAGUUCCCCUCGCACUUCCUGGUGACAGCCUACGUGCCCAACGCGGGCCGGGGGCUGGUGCGGCUGGAGUACCGCCAGCGCUGGGACGCCGCCUUCCGGGCCUACCUGCGGGGGCUGGAUGCUCGCAAGCCCCUGGUGCUGUGUGGGGACCUCAAUGUGGCCCACACCGAGAUCGACCUGAAGAACCCCAAGGGCAAUAAGAAGUCGGCAGGCUUCACGCCUGAGGAGCGCCAGGGCUUCGGGGAGCUGCUGACAGCCGGCUUCACCGACACCUUCCGCCACCUCUACCCUGACACGCCCCAUGCCUACACCUUCUGGACCUACAUGAUGAAUGCUCGCGCCAAGAACGUGGGCUGGCGCCUUGACUACUUCCUGGUCUCGACGCGCCUGCUGGGGGUGCUGUGCGACAGCAAGAUUCGCUCCCAGGCCAUGGGCAGUGACCACUGCCCCAUCACCCUCUACAUGGCCCUGUGAGCAGGGCGGGGGGGGAGCCAUACAGCCCGAUAUGGUCCCAACACCCCUGGGAGCGGGGUGGCCCAUGUAGCCUGAUAUGGCCCUGACACCCCUGUAGCCAUGUGAGCAGCAUGGGGGAGGGUGGGCCAUACAACCUACUAUGGUCCUUGUGGCCCUAUAUGGCUCUGUUGGGGGGGGAGGCCAUACAGCCUGAUAUGGUCCGAACACCCCCGUAUAGCCCUGUGAGCGAGGGUUAGGGCCAUACAGCUAGGUAUGGGCUAAACACCCCCUCUACAGCUGUGGGAGUGGGCCCAAAAACCUCUCUAUGGCCCUGUGUGAGGUGGGGGGAUCUAUAUGGCCCUACCCCUUCUCUCUGUAGUCCUGUGAGCAGGGUGGCCUGUACACCCCUCUAUGGCUUUGUGAGCACAAGAGGAUUGGGCCCAUGUGCCCCUAUAUGGCCCUGUGAGGCCAGGGGGAGUAGAGGGAAAGGGCCCCCCACACCAUGAUCAGGGGUGAAUUCCCCCCAAAAUGAGACCUGAUUCAACCCCCCAACUUGUGGGACCUGGUGCGGUAAAGCCCAGAAUAUCACCAGAUCCCUCCCCAUCCCAGAGACCAUGAUCCUCCAAAUUCAGCCCUGAACCCCCAAACUCACCCAGUGACACUCCAGUCCCAGAGGCCAGGAGCCCCCCCAGCUAUGAGCAGAGCCCCCUGAACUCAUGUACCCCCUGAGGGCCAUUCAAGCAACCCCCCCCCGUAUACCAGCCUCCCGUCUUGCUGCCCUCCAUCCUAGCCUCCAGAGAAUUCCUCACCCCAGGAACUAUUUUUUACCUGUAGAAUUAAGCUGCUGCCUCGCCUUGAAACCAGCCCCCCAUUCUUUGAGGGGGGCUACAGAGCUGCAAGGAGCAUUGAUUAAAGGCUUUGAAAGGA